GCUCCUCCCCCGGCCCGCUCCCCGCCCGCGCCGGCCCCAGGCAGCACUCGCGAGCAGCGGCGGCCGCGGCCGGCGGCCGAGAGGGGAGAAUGCGGCGGCGCUCGCGGAUGCUGCUCUGCUUCGCCUUCCUGUGGGUGCUGGGCAUCGCCUACUACAUGUACUCGGGGGGCGGCUCCGCGCUGGCCGCGGGCGCGGGCGGCGGCGCCGGCAGGAAGGAGGACUGGAAUGAAAUUGACCCAAUUAAAAAGAAAGACCUUCAUCACAGCAACGGGGAUGAGAAAGCACAGAGCAUGGAGACCCUCCCUCCAGGAAAAGUGCGGUGGCGGGACUUCAACCAAGAAGCUUACGUUGGAGGGACGAUGGUCCGCUCUGGGCAGGACCCGUACGCCCGCAACAAAUUCAACCAGGUGGAAAGUGAUAAGCUGCGGAUGGACAGAGCCAUACCUGACACCAGACACGACCAGUGUCAGCGGAAGCAGUGGCGGGUGGACCUGCCGGCCACCAGCGUGGUGAUCACCUUCCACAACGAAGCCAGGUCGGCCUUGCUGAGGACCGUGGUCAGUGUGCUUAAGAAAAGCCCACCCCACCUCAUAAAAGAGAUCAUCUUGGUGGAUGACUACAGCAAUGACCCUGAAGACGGGGCCCUCUUGGGGAAAAUUGAGAAGGUACGGGUUCUCAGAAAUGAUCGGCGAGAAGGCCUGAUGCGCUCGCGGGUCCGGGGGGCUGACGCGGCCCAGGCCAAGGUGCUGACGUUCCUGGACAGCCACUGCGAGUGCAACGAGCACUGGCUGGAGCCCCUCCUGGAGAGGGUGGCCGAGGACAGGACGCGGGUAGUGUCCCCUAUCAUCGAUGUCAUUAAUAUGGACAACUUUCAGUACGUGGGGGCGUCUGCUGACUUGAAAGGCGGUUUUGACUGGAACUUGGUCUUCAAAUGGGAUUACAUGACCCCAGAGCAGAGGAGAUCCCGGCAGGGGAACCCUGUUGCCCCCAUAAAAACCCCUAUGAUUGCCGGCGGGCUCUUCGUGAUGGACAAGCUCUACUUCGAGGAGCUCGGGAAGUACGAUAUGAUGAUGGAUGUGUGGGGCGGAGAGAACCUGGAGAUCUCGUUCCGUGUGUGGCAGUGCGGUGGCAGCCUGGAGAUCGUCCCCUGCAGUCGCGUGGGACACGUGUUCCGAAAGCAGCACCCCUACACUUUCCCGGGUGGCAGCGGCACGGUCUUCGCCCGUAACACCCGCCGGGCAGCAGAGGUCUGGAUGGACGAAUACAAAAAUUUCUAUUACGCAGCAGUGCCUUCCGCCAGAAACGUUCCUUAUGGAAAUAUUCAGAGCCGACUGGAGCUCAGAAAGAAACUUAGCUGCAAGCCUUUCAAGUGGUACCUGGAAAACGUCUACCCAGAGCUAAGGGUCCCUGACCACCAGGAUAUAGCUUUUGGGGCCUUGCAGCAGGGAACCAACUGCCUGGACACUUUGGGACAUUUUGCUGAUGGUGUCGUUGGAGUCUAUGAGUGUCACAAUGCAGGGGGGAACCAGGAAUGGGCCUUGACAAAGGAGAAGUCGGUGAAACACAUGGACUUGUGCCUGACGGUGGUGGACCGGGUGCCGGGUUCUGUCGUCAAGCUGCAGGGCUGUCGAGAGAACGACACCAGACAGAAAUGGGAGCAGAUCGAGGGCAACUCCAAGCUGCGGCACGUGGGCAGCAACCUGUGCCUGGACAGCCGCGCGGCCAAGAGCGGGGGCCUGAGCGUGGAGGUGUGCGGCCCCGCCUUGUCUCAGCAGUGGAAGUUCACACUCAACCUGCAGCAGUAGGAGAGCCCGCCGGGCGGCCCCCACCGGGCCCCCACACCGGCCGGCUGAGUUUGGAGAGCCCGUUUUCGAUUAUGUUUCUUGAACUUUCUGCGAAACUAUAUACCUCAGUAUUCCAUCAUGGUCGGAAUGUCGGAGAACGUGUGCGAGGCACGGGGCCUGGGUGGACGCCGAAGAGGCUGGGAAAGAGACCCGCUCUCCUUGUCCCACGGGAGGCGGCUGGGCCCCCUUUCCGAGGCCACCCGCUCCCCCCGCCCACAACCACCCCCCAG